UAUUAUUCUGUGACAUAUUCUCUGGCCAACAAACAAACACGGUGUGAUUAUGAUUCAGGCUGCAUCACAAGUCAGAAUUCAGAUCAGGAUCGGUAGCAUUCAAAUAUUCAUCUAGUUCCUUUUGCUUGAAGAUCAGAUUCAUCACGCCGGUAUGGAGCCGAAGCUGGCCAUAGGGUCUGUGCGGUGGACCUGUCUGGUUCUUGUGGUCUUUGCUGAGGAUCUGUGCCGAUGGCUGUCAUGUCGACGAGGCCUUCACAGGGGAUUGUCUAGUAGACACGGUCUGUGCUGACAUUCAGGGCUGCGUUUUGGUCGUGUCUAGGUGCAGGUCCACCAUCUGAUCUGGAUAUGGACCGGAUCCGGCUGACUACGGUGCUCGAGAAGUACCCCAACACACCGAUGAGUCAUAAAGAGAUCCUGCAAGUAAUUCAGAGAGAAAGGCUUAAGGAGAUAAGUGGGACUUCCCCUCUUGCCUGUCUCAAUGCCAUGCUCCAUACAAACUCACGUGGAGAUGAAGGGAUCUUCUACAAGGUCCCCGGUCGAAUGGGAGUCUAUACACUGAAGAAGGACAUUGGAGAUGUGAUGAAGGAACUGUCAGAAGAGGAUUCAGAGGACAGCAGUGAUAACAUGUCUGAUACCCGAUGCUCAGAAAAUACCAGCACCACUACCUACAGCAAAGAUGGACGCAGAGGAAGGUGGAAGAGGAGAGUGCCAACAAAACUGCAGUCUCAGCCGUCCUCCCCACAGUCUCGCUGUUCGUCUCCGUCAGUCUCCAGCAGCAAACUCAUGUCCCCAUCACAGAAACACAGCAAGAAGGCCCUCAAACAGGCACUGAAACAGCAGCAGCAGAGGAAUCAACGCCGGCAAUGUGGAAUCCCCAACGCCUCAAGCCCACGGCUGCUCCUCAAGACCGUCAAAGACAUGGCUCGUGACUCCUCCAAAUCCUCCUGGGAGCUGAAACAGACAGAGUGCCGCCCUGCCAGUCCACAGAACUCUACCUCCAGCUCGUCCUCCUCUGUCAAAGCAGAUGUGUGCCACGCGGCUGGUGCCCGAAAGGUGUCUCAGCGCUCCAGUCGGCUCAGUGCCAGACAACUGAGGCGUACCAAGUGUGAGAUAGAUGUUGAGACACCAGAUUCCAUCCUUGUCAACACCAACUUGCGAGCACUAAUCAACAAGCACACAUUCUCACUGUUGCCUACAGAGUGUCAACAGAAGCUUCUUAAGAUGCUCCCAGAUGUUGACCAGCAGGUUAGUAUAGAUGGAGCAUUGAAGGUGACCAGCUCUGCCUUGAACAAUGAAUUCUUCACAUCAGCAGCACAAUCUUGGAAGGAGAGGUUGUCAGAGGGUGAGUUUACCCCAGAGCUGAGACUGAGGAUGCGGCAAGAAAUUGAGAAGGAAAAGAAGGUGGAACUUUGGAAAGAGCAUUUCUUUGAGAGCUACUAUGGUGAACAUUCUGGACUGAGUAUAGAGGAAUCCAAAGAGCUGACAGAAUCCAUGGACAUUCCUGAACCAGCUAAAAGCUCAGUCCUAUCAGUAAAGCCAGAGAUUGUCAAAGAGUCUCAGAAGAUAAACCCUGUGACAGAGGUCAUCCACAUGGAGUUAAGAUCCAGAGAUGUGAAAUCAACAGUAACGCAUGCCUCCCCUGAAGAGCCAGUCAAACCUCCUGCUUCAGAGCAAUCACGUUUAUCUUUAGACAUAAGGAAGGAUACACAGGAAGAAUUGAUUUCAGAGUCCUCUGUUCAAAAAGCAGUGGAUCCCAAACCUUGCAGUGAGAAAACGCUGGAGAUUAAGAUCACAUGUAAGCCCCCAGCAUCUCCUUUGGAAGCGGUAGUCACCUGUUUGAAAGGAAAGGAGACACAGACCACUAAAGAGGAAAGUCCUGUGGGUGAUGCUGAACAGAUAACGGAGAGCGAUAAGGUUGGAUCUCCAAUAACUGCUGUCACAUCUGAGCCUCUGAAGAGAAAAUUCUCUACUGAACUGGAUACAGAGCUAAGGACAGAGAAGAAGCCCCGUGUCUCUUCAUCAGAAACGUCAUCCACUGUGACAGAUAAAGAAAAAGUAGAACAGAGAGUACCUCCUCUCAAAAUCCCAGUGUCAAGAAUUCUCUCUGCCCCUGCCUCUAUUGGGCAGGUAUCUCCAAGGACUCCUGUUCCCUUGACACCCCCUAGCAUUCGGCCUGGUCGCACCGGUGCACGCACUCUAGCUGACAUCAAGGCAAAAGCCCAGUUAGCCCGUGCACAGCGUGCUGCUGCAGCAGCAGCCGGGUCAUCUUCCUCGAGAGGAACCGGCUCAGUUGGAAGUACCUCAACACCCUCUCCAGCUCGGUCCCUGUCUGAAGAUUUUUCACCAGCAAGCAGCAGAAGUCAAUCUGUGUCGCCUAUAAAGCUAAGCUCUGAAUCUCCGGCCCCUGAAGGCACAGUGACUCUCUCACAAACCUCUCCUUCCUCAGGUUUUACUGGACACACAGACCCCGGUUUUGUACUGGACUUCACUGCACAGGGUUUUUUAAAAGAAAAUCGCUCUUUGAUGGGGUCGCAAACCACUCAGUGCGCAUUGAACCCAACGGGCAAGGAUCAACGUAACCUCCUCAGUCCUGGAGGGACACCAGCACCUUCAAGUCAGGCAGGAAACUUAACUGUGUCAAACACAAUUGCACAAAACCAGAGACAACAGCAGACACCUUUUUCAGGAGCGUUAGUGACCAAACCUAGCUCUUCAAUCCCAGCAAACAAUCCUCUGGUCACCCAGCUUCUUCAAGGUAAAGAGGUUCCAUUAGAAAAGAUCCUCCCAAAGCCACUAGCCAAGGUGGAGGUUCAGUCUAUGGCCAUAUCUGCCAAAGAUAAAGGGAACCUUGGUACCACCACUGCGGGGUUUCAAAAAGAUAGCUCAACAAACCAAGAUGAUGUCAGUAAAUUGGGGAACCAAAUUCCUUUUUGUUCAUCUGUGAUGCAAGUCAGAAGUAUGGACAAGUUGGUCAAAGUUGGCACUCAGGACCAGAUUCUCCAUUCACUAAGGCUCAAAUGUGAGCAGAAGCACACCAAUUCAGACUGUCAACCCUCUCAAUUUCAAUCCUGUCAGUUAGGUCACAUUGAGAGCAGCCUAGACCAGAGUGUCCAUCUAGGAAUCUUUGGACGGAAGAGGCUAUCUAAGCCAGCUAUGACAGGACACUACCUCCUCAAUGUCUCCACAUACGGUAGAGUAUCCGAGAGCAGCAAACGGCCGCACCUAGCUAGUAAUACAAGCUCUGCCCUUGCUAACCUGAAGAAAGAGAAAAUUGAAGCAGAGGAGAGUGUGAAAGGGAAGACAGAAUCACUUGCAGGGUCUCAUACCACCUCUCAAGGGCACCUGAAUUUCUCAAGGGUCAAAGUGGAACAGCAGGGUUGUUUCAUCAAUAAACCAGAUGAUGGUUUGGCAUCCCAACCCUGUUCUGAUAUAAAGUCUGAAUCUCCAUCAGUGAGCUGUUUAUCCAGCAAAGAAGGAGGCAGCACUUCUACUAGAACCAAAGAAAUAUGCUCAAGAACACAGCUUGACAUGUGCAGCAGUAUACAGGAUAAAACAGAGCGAUAUCAGUUAAGUGACUGUCACCAACGCACGUUUUUGUCUCAGAAUGGACCUCAGUAUGGUGGCACUAUCAGCAUGUCUGUCCCUAAUGCACUGAACCACAGCAUGGCUGACACUCCAACUUCUCCUACUGUGUCUUGCAGUGGUGAUGGUGAAACGGCUAGUGGAGGUAUGAUGUCUUUUUCAGUCACUGUCACUGCCAUACCUGCAGGUCACCUACUGGAUCAGAGCAGUCAGGGUGAGACCUCACCUGAGCAAGCCUACAUAGAAACCUCUGGGAUGGAGGACGUCCAAUCAAAGUGCUACUGUCGGCUGAAGGCCAUGAUUAUGUGCAAGGGAUGUGGCGCAUUCUGUCAUGAUGAUUGCAUUGGUCCAUCCAAUCUAUGUGUCUCAUGUUUGUUGGUACUAUAAUGGUCAUUAAGAUAAACUGCAACACGUUCAUUAAUUUAAAAAAACAAAACAAUCACUGCAGUGAGGGUAGCAGAAAUGUUACAACAGUACAGCAGUGACGCUCUCGCUGUGGGAACCUAUUCAUCUGUCCAUUGUCAUUUGAGACAGGCUGUUGUGCUGUUAUUCUUUUGGGGGGAAUUCACUAAGAAUGAAUUGCACCUGCUAAUAGUGCUGCUUAUUUGCACGUACAUUCUGCUUUAUUUUAGUGGCCGAUUCAAGAAAGGAAUUAUGCAUAUCAAGUAAUGUUGCUUGUAAACAUGGCCAGCUACAAGUGCUGUUCUUGUAAGUCAGUUCUGAGUAGAGGUCUUCUCGGGUCCUAAAAUCUGUACCCGACCCGAAUCACUUCUUACCCGAACCCGACUUGCAUGAAUUAAUUUGUUUAAAAGAAAACCCUGACCCGAGUCAGACCAGAUAAAAUUAGACCCGAGU